AUGGAGAGACAGCAGAAUUACCUACUUAGUUGGGUUCAGCAAAACCAGAGUGGUAUAAAGACAACAGAAGAGCUAAGACAUUCGCUUCUUCACACAACAAUGGAGUUAGAGCAAACAAGAAUGGUGGCUCAAGAAGAACUCAACUCCAAGGACGACCAAAUAAUGCAUCUUAGAGACCUCCUCAACAAAGCUAUCAAAGAGAAAGAUGAAGCACAAGAGAGAUAUAAGAGGCUUCUUCUUGACCCAAACUUCAUCUUUCAACACCAAACCGGAGAGGAUCAAGAGCCAAACAACAUCAAUGGGCUUCCGUCAUCGGACGGCGAAGAAAGCAUCGUUUCAUCUUUUGACCCGCCAAUGCAAAUCGAGUUGGAUUUUCCGGAAAGGGCAUUACCGGAAAAAGGGAAGCUUUUGAAGGCGGUUUUGAAGGCGGGGCCUUUGCUUCAUACUCUGCUUUUGGCUGGACAGCUUCCACAAUGGCGUCAUCCGCCGCCGCAGCUUGAGUCCUUUGAAAUUCCACCAGUGAUUAUUCCUGAAGCAACACCAUUGUCACAAAAUAGCUGUGGGAAUAAUCUAAAUAGGAAGAGGGUUCACUGCGACGAGUCGAAUUCCAAAAGUGAGAUCAAGUACCAAAGGCUUCUCUUCCCCUGA